AUAUCCAAAUCACCAUAGAUUUGAUACAGAUCAAUCAAGCUUCUUCCUUUCUCUCCCUCAAACAAUGCAAAUUCCAUCUCUUUCCUUUCUACAUUGAAUCAAUGGCGCUCACUCAUCAUCUUCCCACUCCAUCUUCCACCUUUUUCCCACUCAAACCCUCCUUAAACCCUAAUCAUCUCACCUCCGCCCUCAAAUUCCUCCCCCCCUUACACUCUCUACCAUCAAAUUGCUUCCCCCGCCGUCGUCGUCGUUGCCGGACAACCGAUUCUCUCCGCUGUUACUCCUCCUUUUCCAAUAAACACAAUGGAUCGAAGGACAUCGUCGAACUACCUCUUUUCCCUCUCCCUCUCGUCCUCUUCCCAGGCGCGAUUCUACCUCUUCAAAUCUUCGAAUUCCGAUAUCGUAUGAUGAUGCAUACCCUUCUCCAAACUGAUCUCAGAUUCGGCGUGAUAUACUCCGAUACCACCACUGGUACAACCGAUGUCGGUUGCGUUGGAGAAAUUGUCAAGCAUGAGAGACUCGUCGAUGAUAGAUUCUUCCUUAUCUGUAAAGGGCAGGAGCGAUUUCGUGUUACGAAAUUGGUUCGGACGAAACCCUACUUGGUGGCGGAGGUUAACUGGCUUGAAGAUAGACCGUCUGGAGAUGUGGAAGAAGAUGUAGAUGAACUUGCGAAUGAAGUGGAGAUAUAUAUGAAGGAUGUGAUUAGGUUAUCGAAUCGAUUGAAUGGGAAACCUGAAAAGGAAUCGCAGGAUUUGCGUCGGAAUUUGUUUCCGACUCCGUUUUCGUUCUUUGUUGGGAGUACGUUUGAAGGAGCUCCUAGAGAGCAACAAUCAUUGUUGGAAUUGGAAGAUACAGUGUUGAGAUUAAAGAGAGAGAAAGAAACAUUGAAGAAUACUUUGAAUUAUUUGACUGCUGCUUCUGCUGUUAAAGAUGUGUUUCCAUCAUCAUCUUCUUCAUCUUCAUCAUCAUGAAUUGGUAUCUUUCUUAAUACUCUCCUUUUCUUUGUAUUUUCUAUAUGAACUUGUAUAGAUUUUGAUGCUUCA